AUGGCAGAGUCAGCAGUCAGCUUUGCUAUUGACAAGUUGGUUCCAUUGCUAACAGAAGAAGUGACACUACUGAAAGGCAUUCAUGAAGAAGUUGUAGUUAUCAAAGAUGAUUUGGAAGCCAUCAAAGCUUUCCUGAAGGAUGCAGAUUCGAAGGCAAAGAAAGAAGGCAUUAAUGAGGGUGUGAAAGUAUGGGUCAAGCAAGCAAGGGAAGUGGCCUAUCAAAUUGAAGAUGUCAUUGACGAGUACAUGCUUCAUGUUGCACAGCAUCACGAGCGACGUGGAUGUGUAGGCUUCGUACAUAGAAUUGCUUCCUUAGUUAUAAAAUUGCAGCCACGCCAUGAGAUAGCAUCAGAGAUUCAAGAUAACUUGGAGUUCUUAGAUGUGAGAGAAUCUCUAGUGAGAGAGUUGCCGAUUGAGAUUAAUAGAUUCUUCAAAUUGCGAUAUCUUUUUGGUCAUCCUGGAUUAAAGCAACUAAGAAGAUUGUGGAUUACUGAUUUGAAAAAAAGAUAUGGAAGGGAUCUGUGCACUGCAGUAGAGAGGUUGACUCAACUGCGAGCGCCAUAUGUUAGUAUAAUCAAUGAGAGUGACAUUCUUGAAAUGCAAUCUAUGGAUGAUCCGAUAAAAGUCCUCCAAGCUUUGCCUAAUUUAAAAUAUCUUGUGCUGAUUUUUGGAUACAAUGGAGAGAAGGUGCAUUUUGAAGAAGGAGGGUUUCAAAAGCUCAAGGAAUUAAGUCUUACAGGGUUGAAUGAGUUGAAAACGAUGACAAUAGACAAAGGAGCAAUGCCUCUUCUUGAAUCGCUAGCAAUAGGACCUUGCCCACUAUUGAAGGAGGUGCCCUCUAGAAUUCAACACUUGAAACACCAAAAAGAGCUAUACUUUGAUGGGAUGUCAAAUGAGUUCACACAAAGGUUGUCACGUGAACAAGGAGAAGCUAUUGGAUAG